AAUCACUUCGUUAAGGCCCCGCCCCUCAAGCUGUCAGUCCGAGUCAGGUCCCGCCCCUCCCUGCCUAGCGCUCCCUCAGUGUGCCCCUCUAAUCCUCCACAGCUGUCAUUCAGUCUCAGGGCCAGCCCCGCCCACCCCUCAGUCGGCCUUCAGCCCCGCCCCCGGCCGUUGGUCAGCAGUUGGAGCCGGAGCAGCUGAGGAGGAGCCAGAGCCGCGGCCUCCUAUCAUGGACCUCCCCGGGAGCCCGGGGCCCCGCCUACCUCCGCGGCCCCCGGCCCGCCCGUGCCACCGCCCUCGCCGCCCCCGGGACCUGGCGCUGCUGGCGGCCGUGCUGGGGACGCUGCUGGCCCUCGCCGCCCGGGGCUACGUGGGCUCCAGGGAGACCCAGGCCCAAGGGCCGCGGGAGUCGGCCAGGACACGGAGGAAGACCAUGUUCUUCUUCUCCGCUCUGGACGUGAACAGGGACAUGUACGUUAGCGCCGAGGAGUUCAAGCCCAUCGCGGAGCUGCUGAGAGUGAUAAAGCCUCUCUCUGGCUCUGAGAAGGCCCAGGAGGUGGUGAAGGAAGAGAAGUCCUCUCUCCAGGAGAAGCUGACUAUAGUGGCUCGAUUCCAGCCUCUGCUGCUAGACACCAUGUCAAACAGUAAAAGUGGUUUCAGAGAGAUUUCUGACGUUAUUCUUUCUGGGCUAAAAAACUGGACAAACCCUGCACUAUCAUCCAAUGUGUUCUCUGCCAGCCAAUUCAAAGCUUUCCUGCCCCCAAGGAAUGACAUGGAGCUGGGUGAGGUCUGGUGGAUCAUUCCAGACACGAUGAUUAAUAAGACAUGUGCAUACCUCUCUGACAACCGCUUCUAUCCACCACCUCCCAAAGGCAAAGAGGUCAUCAUCCACAGACUGCUGAGCAUGUUCCAUCCAAGGCCCUUUGUGAAGACCCGCUUUGGGCCCCAGGGUGCAGUGGCCUGCCUCACAGCCAUCAGUGACUCCUAUUACACUGUGGUUUUCAGGAUUCACGCAGAAUUCCAACUCAACCAACCACUUCACUACUCUUUCUGGUUCUGUCCAAGCCAGUUCACUGGACACAUCAUCCUCUCCAAAGAUAGCAGCCAUGUCCAGGACUUCAAACUCUUUGUACCCAAUGAAAGGUCUCUGAACGUGGGUUUGCAGUGGUUGCAUGGACCCCUGAAGAAUCCAAAUGUGGAUCAUGGUUAUCUUCCUCAGAUGGAGUUAGAGGCCUCUGGCCCUUCAAUGCCAUCUAGCAUCCAGGAUAAGAAGAUUAAUGAAACUGACAGCUGUCUGCCCUCAGAGGAGGCUGUCCAGUUUAAAAUGGAGGAUAUCGUGUGGCAGCAGGAGCUGAGCAUGGAAGAAGCUGCCCAGCAGCUAGAAAGGGCCAUGUAUGACUUCAAGAAGGUCCAGUACUUACCUUUCACCAAAGCUUUUGACAGAGCUAGAGCUGAAAAGAAGCUGGUGCAUUCAGUCAUUUUGUGGGGAGCCCUAGAUGACCAGUCCUGCUGAGGUACAGGGCACACUCUUCGGAAUAUUGUCCUGAAAAAUUCAUCAAUCCUCACCCUCCUUAAUGAGAAAUUCAUCAGCACUUGGUCUCUUUUUGGAGACUUACAAGAGAUACUGAAUGAAGAGAACGAAUUCUAUAAGAAGCUGGCUCAACUGCAUUUGGAGAAAUAUGAGUUCCCUGUAGAAUCACUGGUCUGCCUACCCAAUGGAACAGUGGUCAACAACAUCCAUGCUAACAAGUUCUUGUUCAAGAUUCCUGAAAGACAUCAUGAAAAGAAAAAAGUCUUAGCCUUCUACUCUCCUAUAUCCUUGAAAUCUCCAGAUAUCUAUGAAGAAUUUCUAAGAGAAGGACUCCUCAGAGCUCAGGUCUUCCUCCAGCCCUAAAGCCCCAGGCUAUGGGAAGCAAGAACUUGGUUCUCUACUCAAACAAGCUUCCUCCAAACAUCAGAUCUGACAUUUCCCUACCUAUACAACAAGAAAUGUAGAUGUGACCCUAAAGUCAAAAUGAUCUUCAAUACAUUUCAAGAUCACUGUUUGCUAUCUGUCUAUUAAGAAGCAACCAAUAUCACCCCGUUGGAAAAUUGCAAUAAUGACCGAAGAUUCCAUGUUUUAGGCUCCCUUCUACAAUUCCAUAUCUGUGAUAAUAGUACCUAAAAGAAGCAGAUUUCCUUCUGGCCAUAUGACAUAGGGUUACUGUAACCUGAAAGAAACUCCAUAAGAGCUUAGAAACCAUGAAUAUUGUUUUAAGGGAGAACCAAAUUGUCUUUUGCUUCUUGAUGAUAAUCUCAUUCUCCAACCUCCCCCCUGGGUCACUUCUAGUCCAUCCACAGAAACAGUGACCAAGACCAGUACAUAUCUGCAACCUCAUUAUGUAUAUGUAAAAUAUAAUUAAUUGAAUUCAAUAUUCCACACAGUCUGGAGAUAUCUUUGAUAGCUCCACACUGAGUAGGAGAGAUUCUAUUUACUCCCAGCGACUAUGCCUUAUGAUGGCUGGAUCUUAAAUCCCAGAUGGAUCAAGCUUGAUAUCUUCAUAGUCUCAACUGGGGGAAAAGUUCCCUCUUCUCUUGAUUAGGACUUUAAAGUAAAGCAUUCUUUUUUGUGGAAAAAGAUGUUAAGAUAUAAGUUCCCUGCCAUCAUUUCUCUCUGCUUGCUUUGACCAAGUAAAGUUAGUCUUAUUCCUUGGUCCAAGUCUUAUUCCUUACUCCGAGUAUCAAAUGGCAGUCCUAGUGACUUUCUCUGGCUGGAGACUUUCUCCUUUUUUGUAAAAUCUGGUGAGGGACUUACAUUGAAUAGAAGAAACACUGCAGUUUCCAUGGCCAGAACUGAUGCCUUUGAAUGUUCACCUCCCACUCAGGAGAAUUUUAUUUCAUUUGCAUUGAAAAUUAUUUGAUGGCAAAAAAUUAUGUGUUUCCCAUGUUUUCUGAGUACAUGUAAAUUAUAAAAAUAUGGUAUAAAUAAAUAUAUAUUUUAACUUUUAAAAAAUCUAGCAGAAGUUCCUAAUCAUCCCCAUUUCCAUCCUAAUCCCAUUCAAGAAAGUAUACUGAGUAGAUUCCCCUUGUGUCUCUAUGCCAUUCAUUUAAUGAGCAUUCAUUUCUAAACUGAAGGCCAGAGUCCAGAACAAAUGGGGAAGUAACAAGCAGUCAGCAUAGCUUCCAACUAUCUAGAAAAUGUACCAAAUUCUGCUUGGAAAAAUUAAGAAAAUCAUUUUUCUAGCUCAUAGCAUAUGGGAUAAAUGAAUGAAAACUCAUAAGGAUGUGGCUUCAGCCUAUGCUCUAAUUAUGACUUGAGACUUUGCAAUAAGUUAAGCUAUAGCUAAAAAGCUUCAGGUGUCCCAUUGUCUUGAAUGGACAUUCCCCUCCAGUUUUCCACCACUUCUUUAGUUAGCAUUUAAGUACCUCUUUUAAAGGCAAUUUUUUUUUCUGGGAUAGGCUUCCAUGUUUCCAAUAUAAACCUAGAUCUCCCAGACAAUAGGAGAAAAUGUCAAGAGCGGGGGAGAGGAGUGCUUCUGUUCUAUUUAAUCUUGUGUUUUGCAGUUUGUGCCUUGCACUCCUUUAACUUUACAUCUUGUCGGUUAGGAGUUGCCCUUUUAUCCCAAGAAUGUAAAAAAUCUCCUUUUUGCUUUUUCUUACUCUUGAGAGUUUCUGAUUUUAAUUUGAGUUCAGUGUCCCACACAGGGCAAAUUAGGAAGAGAAAAAAUUAUCUGCAGAUACUAGGAAUAAUUCUGGCCUACAGGACACAUAACAAAGUUUUCCAGAGUCAAGGAAAGAAAUGGGCACCUUAGCAAGAAGCACCAUGACAGAAAUCCCAAAGGAUCCCUGAAUGAUUUCUUAGCAUGGAGCAAGUAGUAUUUAGCAGCUAUAUCAUCUACUACCCAAUUCUGAGACACAAAUCCAGAGCAUGAAGUGAGCCAUAAACUGUGAGCUGUGUACAAAGCAAGGAAUGAGUUCCAGAAAUGUAACUUUUGUUCUGAUGUCAGGAAAAGCACAUGUACACAUCCCUAGUCUUUAUGUCAGUAUAUAAGUAUCAGUGGAAUAACCAGAUAAGUAAUCCAGAUCAAAGGGGAACUGGAAGUUCUAAAGAGAAGUUUCCUUGUGGAAUAAGAAAGAGUCAUACCUGGGUCAGGAACUUUCAAAGCUCAGACCAUGAGAGCAGAAGACAGACCUCACCCCAGAAUACACUGCUUUGGAAGCUAGGAGUUUGCUGGCACCCAGUCUGAGCUGUAAAGUCCUCAGAAGCAAGAAGUUAGACAUUCCCCUCGAAGUGUGUAAGAAGUCCAAGUCAGGAAGUUGAAAAAAUGAAGAAUAAAAGAAUACCACCAUAACAAGAUACUAUGGUGAUAGGGAAGUUCAAGACAUAGGGAAAAAUGACUAGCAAAGCCUCAAAAAGAAAGCUUGUUCAAUAAUUUCUAGAUGGAUUCAAGCAAGAGGUGAAAAAAGGAUAUUUUUUUAAAAUAAAAUGAGCAGUGGAGAAAAAAUAAGAGCUAAGAAAAAAUAUGAAAACUUGGGAAAAGAGGUACAAGAUGUUACUGAAGAAAACUACUUGAAAAUUAGUUGGUGAAAAUUGUUAUAUUUUGCAUUCUCCCUGACAUUCUGUUGAGCACAUGACAAAGUUCUGCUUUGUUUUGUUUUAUUUUUCUAUUUUCUUGGCUCCCUGCUCAGAAUUUAUAGAACUCAAAAA